UGGGGAACCCCAAAGAUGCCCAACCGUCAUCACUGCUGUGCCAGGGAGCAGUGCGUGGCCAAUGCAGGAGGGGGCAGCCCGGUGCAGGCAGGUGUGGACAGCCCCCAGGAGUCAUCAGAUGAGGACACGCAGCUCCUCGAGGAGCAGAGGGCCUUCCUGUCACGCUUCAACGUGAAGCUGCUCGCCUUCCCCACCACACACCCCGGAGAGCCCAUCUUCCACGCCUGCCCGCUCCCACCGCCCACCCUGGACACCUGUGGGCUGCAGCCUCGCAGCGUCCUGGAGCAGAAUUUCCUCUGCGCCUCGCCUGCUGCCCAGCUGGCUUUUGUUCGCGAUGGCUACCUGAACCUGCUCUACCAAACCACGUCUGCCUGCCCGCUGCCCAUCCUACGCUGGCUUUUCCAGCUGACGAGCACGUGGCCAGACAGGACCAACGCGUUCCGGACGCUGUGGGAGAUGUGGAUGAGAAGUGAUGAUGAGCCCUGGUGCCCCACACUGCAGGACAUUGGCCAGGCCUUUGCCUACAUGGGUGCUGACCUGGAGGCCCUGCGCUGCCGGCGGCUGCUGCCCCCCGAGCUGUGCCCCAUGGACACGAGGCUGGAUCCGACGUCCUCUCUGGAACAGGGAAACCUCAGUGCCGUCAACACGCUGGCCCUGGUGACACAGCUGGGGGACGUCUGCAAGCUGCUGACAGUGUGCGUGGUCGCCUGCCCGUGCCGCUACCCCGACCGUGCCCGCCGGGAGCUGGUGACACUGCUCUGCUUCCUCAGCCUCGACCGCGAGCUGCGCUGCCAACCCCUGCCCGACCUGUGGCACCUCCUGCACUGCCUGCUGGAGGGCAUCGUGGCCUGGAAGGAGCAGCUGCCUGCGCUCUGCCUGUCGCUCUGCCAGCUCUCCCAGCACCACCACAGCCUGCUUGCCGUCGCACGGCUGCUGCCAGAUAUCACCACCAGGGAGAGGGAGCUCCGCAGACGCCUGAGCCUUUGUGCCAUGGCCCAGCUGCUGGGGAAGGCACCGUGCACCAUGCUGUCCCUUAGGGCGCGGGAAGAGCUGCCAGCACUGGAGCAGCUCCUGGCACAAUCCUGGCCGGACAACCUGCAGCUCCCCACUCACCCCAACGCAACGGACCUCGAGCAGGAGACCUGCUACCUGAGCCGCAGCCUCCUCUACCUCGCCGACAUCGUGGUGGGCACGGAGCGGCCGCGGGACGAACAGCGGGGACAUCUACAGAAGCUCUGCACCCAGCUGGAGCAGUACUUUGGGUCGGGGCUGCGUGAGGACAUGGGGCAGUUCUACCGCUCCCAGCUGAAGAACCUGGCUAUGGUGCUCUACGUCAAGUGGCACGAGCUGCUGGAGUAAGGGGUGCACCCUGGGGUCACCCAAUAAACAGCCCCACAUCAC